UCAGGCUUCGGCAUGGGACAGUGAGGACGAAAAUGAACCUUGCUGCUCCAAAAGCCUAAGACCUGACUAUAAAAUACAGGCUUCGGCAUGGGACAGUGAGGACGAAAAUGAACCUUGGUACUCCAAAAGCCUAAGACCUGACUAUAAAAUACAGGCUUCGGCCUGGGACAGUGAAGAUUCAGGGUCUGAGGAGGAGAUAUUAAAAGAGUACCAAAAGUACUGGCUGGAUACCUCAAGUGAAGACGAGAAUGAACCUUACUGCUCCAAAAGCCUAAGACCUUACUAUAAAAUACAGGCUUCGGCCUGGGACAGUGAAGAUUCAGGGUCUGAGGAGGAGAUAUUAAAAGAGUACCAAAAGUACUGGCUGGAUACCUCAAGUGAAGACGAGAAUGAACCUUACUGCUCCAAAAACCUAAGACCUGACAAUAAAAAACAGGCUUUGGGAUGGAACAGUGAGGAUUCAGAGUCUGAGGAGGGAAAGGUGAAAGACAAGGGGAAGCGCCCGCUCAACCCGAGAUAUUAUCACCCGAAAAAACGCAGACCGGCCACUGAGGAGGAGGACCCUAAAAAGGAAGAAGGGGAGGAUGAACCUCAAUGUUUGGGAGAAACAAACAACAUCCAGAAGCUUGAAGAAGUUCUGGAGGAGGAGGAGGUCCAGCACAGUGAGCCUAAACGCAAAAAAGGAUUCUUCCGGACUCUACUACGGAAACUUAAAAAGAAAAAACAUCCUAAAGUUCCAGAAGAAGAGCAGAGUUCACCGUCAAUUCUGAAGAACAAGGAGACUUUGGAGAAACAAAGUAUUGAUCUUGAUGAAUACUUUUCCCAACGUAACCUUUGUUCCAAAGAAAUACAGACAGAGGAACAACUGGAUGUAUCCCACAUGAGGGCAAAGGUCGAACUGGCUGAGGCAAUGCUCCAUUUAAAGCAAGAACAGGUCGAAGUUGCGAAGUUACGAAACGAUGUCUUGGUCCUGCAAAAAGACUUGGAGAUCCUAUCGGCAAACUUCAGAUUUGAGGCUGCUGCAGUGGAGAGAAAAAGGAUAUUGUUAGAAAUCGAGAGGAAGGAAAUCCUCGAUUUAAGGAGAAGUUAUGAAAGGGACAAGGCAGAACUCGAAAGUAGAAAAGCUGCCCUCCAGGAGGUGCAAGACAUAAUGGCGCAAAGGGACGCCACAUGCACAACCUCUUUGGA